AUGCCAGGCAAAACAACCCCGGUCCCUCGAAUCACCAAGUUUACGAACUGUCGCCUCGUGCGCGGCUCGUCAUUGGUGGAGCAAGAUCUAUGGAUUGACUCACUUUCCGGAAAGAUCCUCAAGGAUCAAGAGGCAUUCUAUGAACUACACCUCUCUCCCGAUGAGAUCGUCGAUCUAGGUGGUCGAAUCUUGGCACCUGGACUGAUAGAUGUGCAGCUGAAUGGCGCUCACGGUUUUGAUUUCUCAGUCCCCUGUGAGACAAAGGAAGAGUAUGAUGAGGGCUUACGCAUGGUGAAUACUGGUCUGGCUCGCACUGGUGUUACUUCAUACCUCCCGACUGUAGUCAGCUCUACACCUGAGGUGUACUGGAAGGUGCUUCCCUCACUUGGUCCUACUGGCGAAACUCACCAAGCGCAAGAUGGCGCCGAGUCCCUCGGAGCACACGUCGAGGGACCAUUCAUCAGUCCCGGACGAAACGGCAUCCACAAGUCAGAGGUACUGCGCGCGGCGCAAACUUUCGAAGACCUGCUCCACUGUUAUGGCGAGGAGAACCUAGGCACCAUCUGUCCUAUCAAGAUGAUCACCGCUGCACCAGAAGUCGGCAACAUGAUGUCGCAGAUUCCCGAAAUCACAAAGCGCAACAUCAUCUACUCUAUCGGUCAUUCCGACGCUACAUACGAACAAGCAGUUACAGCUACUCGUCAGGGAGCCCGUAUGAUCACCCACUUGUUCAACGCCAUGCGCCCAUUCUAUCACCGUAACCCCGGUAUCUUCGGUCUUCUGGGUCAAAGCGAGCGCCGUCGUCCAUACUACGGAGUGAUUGCUGAUGGAAUCCAUUUGCACCCGACCUCUAUCAAGAUUGCCUACAACGCGCACCCUGAGGGAUUGAUUCUAGUGACAGAUGCGAUGCGCCUGUGUGGACUUCCAGAUGGAGUUUAUGAGUGGACAAAUGGCGAGCGGAUUGUCAAGACCGGUGCGCGUCUGACACUGGAGGGAUCGGAUAAGAUUGCAGGAAGUUCCGCGACGCUCAUUGAAUGUGUGAACAAUUUCCGUCGCUGGUCGGGUUCUUCCACUGCGGAUGCGAUCAACGCUGUGACUGCUACUCCUGCGCGCCUGUUGGGUCUGGAGGGAAUCAAGGGAUCAUUGGAUAGCGGUGCGGAUGCGGACUUGGUUGUUUUGGGCGAGAGUGAUGACCCUUUCUCCGGUUCUACUUUGACAGUGGACCAGGUAUGGAAGUUCGGUGUCAAGAUUCAUGAUGCUGAGAACUUGAAGACCGUGGGCGUUUAA